GGUGACUUACGCGGUGUGAGCUACAUUGGUAUUAUACAAUUGCGUUUAAUAUAUGUAUAAUAAAUAAUAAUUUUGUACAAUAUUUUAUGUUAACUUAUAUUUACGAGGACGUUCGCAAAAACCGUUUCUAGUUUAUACCGCCACGCCGCCGCCGCCACUCACAACAGCCAACUCGCGCGUUUUCUCGCGCCAAUAACAAUCGCUGCAAAAGGGUUUUUGCAACCAUAAUAAUCCUUUACAAUACACUGCAGUUGUAUAUAAUAUUAACCUACGUCGUAUUAUGCGUGUUUCUAUAGGUCUACGGCGUCACCCGCAUAUAUAAGCGUAAGCACAAUACUCGUAUGAUAUGCGUACACUAAGAGCACACACACACACACACACACACACCUACACACACACACACACACAACCUCUUCUACGCGAUAUCAUAAUAUUAUACGUAGGUAUAGGUACAUGUACGCGCGCGCACACACACAACACAAAUUUAUGUGCACAAACUUAUUCGGUUUGCAGCUGUCACCAGCGGACGCGUGCCCAAACAUCUGCUCCCGCGCUUCGUCAAAACACAUGGCCCGCCUCUAGCCCGCCGCCAAACGCGGGACCGGUUGUUUGCGUCGUAGCCGACUACCGACUACCGACAGUCAAACGUCGUCGUCAUCGCGAGCACACGCCAGAAGACCGUACCGCGAUAAUAGUGAUCAUAAUAAUAAUAAUAGUAAUAUCGCUACCGUCCCGAGUCGUCUCGAUCAUCGAGUGUGGCGCCCGCUCGCCGAACGAAGGAUUUUCCAGGACGUUCCAGACGAUAUUUAUACGUUUAUAUAAUAUUGUCGAAUCACGACACCAGCGGACCAUGUCGCGCGGCUACUACAAUGGUGGUUACAACCACGCGUGCGAAGUGGACCAACACCACCGUUACGAAGAGAUACCAGACAUCGAUCCGUCUAUGGACUUCCUGCAGGCCGACGACACGUCCGCUUCGUUUUACUAUAUGGAGUCGCCAACACGGUUACGCAGGCCUUCUGACGCCGCGGACCCUGCCGAACGGACGUUGCUUCUGCGCGCCCAACAGCACAACCACUAUCAACAGCUACAGCAACUGCAGAUGAACGGGUGCCCGCCCCCGCUACCGGCCGCCCGGGCCAGGCGCAACACUCCGCCAUCCGCGACCGGCGGUGACCGGUCCGUGGCGGCCGUGACGCCGUGCAAAGCCAGACGCCGGUUGGACGUGUACGGCGACGCGUCAGGCACCGUCAGCCUCCCGUCCACGCCGUCCGGAGCCGGUCGGACCGCCGACGUGUUCGCACCGAUGAUGGCGCAAACGGCGGCCACGUUCAGGCCGGUCACCGUGCGCCGUGCCCGGUCGUCGGCCGCCCUCUACAAUAAACACAAGCGGCCGCCCGAGUUUCUGUCCGAAUACAAUCUGGACACGUGCGUGCCGGUUACCGGCGUCCAGUACGACCGGCCCAGGAACACGGCCGUCAUACAACCCAUCUACAAUAAGGCGCCGCUGCCGUCCGUAUUUCAGGUUGAAGAGAAAACGACGCCGCAUCAGGCUGAGUCACCCGCCAAGCCGUCGUGGUCGCGAACUCCGCCGGCCCGGACGCCCGUUCAAUCGCUGCCCGUGUGCACGCUGUGGUCGGCCGCCAUGGUGUUGGUGGUGUCGGGCACGGCCAGCUGCAUGCUGUGCUUCUACCUCAUGUCCCGGCGCGGUCGGCUGUACUAUCUGAACGCCGGGCUGCUGGCGGCCGCCGUGUGCCUGGUGCUCGGAUUCCCCGGGUUCCGAUCGCAACAAUGGCGGUGGCUGCCCAACCGCAACUACGUGACCGGUUACAUACUGGUGGCCCUGUUCAGCGCGCUGGAGACGUGCGCGCUGUGGCUCAUGUGCCAGAGCACCGUGCUGGACCCCGCGCUCAACGACAUCGGGGCCGGCGUCGUGUGCGGCAUAUCCGCCCUGUCCGUCACGCUCGCCUGUCUGGGCAUCAGCACGUCGUACUGUUGCCGGUACCCGCCGCCCGAUAACCGGGUCGCGCACGCCGUCGAGGGGUUCGUCGUGUAGACGGUGUAGGUGUCACGCGCAUCGUUAAGAUGUCUUUUAUCGUUGUCAUCAUUAGGUAUCUUACGUGCCGCGAGUGAUUGUACCCAUCCGCUGCUGUUAGGGACUCUCGUUCGUUGUACAUAUUAUAUAGUUAUUUUUUAUUUCAGCAUAAUAUAAAUUUGUAUAUAAUUGUUAUGUAUAUAACAUUAGUUUUUCGACACGUGAUAGCAAUUUAUAGUGUAGGCGACGAGUCUCGAGCACAACAAAUUGCAAUGAACAUGAGUGUAAUGAGCGUAGGUACAUUUAAUAAUUGUAAAUAGUGGUGAAAUAUUGCGUCGAUAUUAUUGCCAAAAAUUGUAUUGAUAACACUUAUGCGUCUGUAUUGUAUAAUAUGCGUAGGUAUGUAUUACAGUAUGAAUGGAUAAGAAAUACAAAUGUUUUAAACUUUUAAAAAUAAUAUUACAACGAGUGAAUAUUGCAACCAAGAUAAAUAAAGGUACUUAUUACAAAUAAUUUGAUGCUAUUAUCGUUCAUCAGUAAAUUAUAUUUUUACUUAUUUUUUAAUUUUACGAAAACCAUAUAAAGAUAUUGUUCGAUUUAUGUUUUUUUGUAUUUUAUCAUACCUAUUCCAGUACAUAAUAUAACGUAAAAGCUAUUCUUUGAAAAAAGCAACUUCUUUCGAACUUAAACUUUCAUAAAUUCAACUUAAUGAUUUUACCUUGUGUGCGAGUUAUCUACGAACUAUUAAAAAUUAAUACUUACCUACAUUACGAGCAAAUAUUUUUUUUUGCUUACCUAAUUAUUAUCCGUUAAAAAUAUUUUUUAAGUAUAAUCGAAUAUUUACCAAAUAUGUGUAUAUAGUCAUAAUUAAUAUUGGAUACCAAAUCAUACAAAUGUAAUUUUUAUUUAAUUAUUAUAGAGACAUACCUAUUACCUACACAGUAUUAUAAGUUUCGAUAAUACAACCAAUUAAAUUUAAAAAUAAAUAUAUACAUUUUUUUGAAUUAAUUUAUGUGUAAAUAUAAAUAUUAUACAUUGUAUGUACCUACGUUCAAAUAAAAAAAUAUACGAACAAACUAUAUUGUCAUUUGAAUACGUCAAUUUAAGUAGGUACGUUUAGUAUUAUAGUAUGUCGAUUUGAAAAUGUUAUGUAUAAAACAAAUAAUGUAAAAACAAA